CCUCCUCCUCCUCCUCCUUUUCCUCCCGCACUGAAGGCUGUUUAUACACAGACAGCAGCAGCAGCUCCUCUGACAAAAACAAGGGCUGGGGCUUUCAGAGAGGAGCAGUGUGUUUCAUGCAUAGGCUCUUUCUCUCUCCAUUGUUCUGUUUUUGUUUGUUUUAGAGGAUUUAAAAAAAACCCCAUCAUGGCAGAACAUUCAGUUUGUCAGCUGUUGAAAAUGUUUUUGUCUCUGCAUGUUGUUUUYCUGAGCGUGGCCAUCGCAGCAGAGAGCGCAUCAAAUCCAGAUCAAACAGAUUGUGUGAAAUCCAGAGGUUUGGACUACAGAGGAGAAGAGCAGAAAUCUUCCACAGCUCUCAUCUGCCUAAACUGGACUAAUACUACCAGAGACUAUGAUGUUGACAYCCAUCCAGAUUCACAAACAGGUGUCGGGGAUCACAACUACUGCCGAAACCCAGACGCCUCUGUGAGGCCUUGGUGCUACAUUACAGCUCCAGAUGGGACCAUCCAGAGGCAGUUCUGCGCAGUCGAGGCAUGCAAAGAGCAAACCUCAGCCGGACCGGAGGAGGGCGAAUCCCUCAGCACCUUGGUGAUCUCUCCCCCCACAGAGAGCUUAAAGCCCACCAUGUCUGGAGCUUCUGAAGGGAAAGCUGCUGCUGUGCAGCCAGUGAUGGGCAUCAGCCAGAGAGUUCGAACAGGACCUAAGAAGAAGAAGGACCUCGGCACCACUGGUUAUGUCCUGGGCAUCCUCAUGAUGGCAGUUAUAAUCAUGCUGGGAGUCGGCAUCACGCUGGGCUACUUCUAUAAAAGGGCCCGAGACUUAAAGAAGCAGCAUGAGCAGCGGGUGUACGAGCGCGAGAUGCAGAGGAUCACCCUGCCCCUGUCGGCCUUCUCCAACCCCACCUGUGAGCUCAUAGAUGAGAACACCAUAGUGAUCACAGCCCAGCAGGAGACCAGCCCCGUGCAGGAGGGCGGGGACCCUCUCAUGGGGCAACACGCCGGCACUCCCGGAGCGUGAGCCAGCACGCCGUCUUCAAACAAGACUGUGAUCCGGCGUUUAUUGUUCUAAARCAUCCCACAUCUCCUUGUCUCUCUGAGUUGAACUAAACGCUGUGUUCUUUGUGUCCUUUACACAUGUGAGGCACAAACACAAUGGACACAGUCUGAACAACUCAAACUGCUGUUAAAGRGGACUUMUCACAAGGACUUCAAUAUUAUCAUCUGAUGCUUUUAGGAGACAAACUGUCCUCGUACAAAAACAAAGUUAAAUAUGCUGUCGGAUAGACUUUGAUAAGUCUGUAUUUGAUAAAAGCAGGGCUUUAAGAGGAGAUGAUGAUGAUGACUAGAAUGGGGAAACACCUACAUUUACUUGUUCUCCCAGGAAGGUGUGGCCACAUGAUGAAUGGGUUUUAUUUUGGAGACACACUGGAGACAGAACCGUGUGYCCAAACACAGUCAUCCCUCUCUGCUCAGAGGGACACAUGAGGCAAACAGGCCCUAUCAAAAGGACAUCAGAAAGCCUCUAGCUCAGAAACUGCCUUAGCUUGAUUCUUCUGAAUGUAUUUUUUUCCUCUUGUUUGUUCUCUGCCUGGUCAGUAGAAGUUCURAAAAAAAAAACCCCACUGAUGAUCAUCUACAGUUUGGGCAUGAAAAGAAGACGUUUCCUUUUUUCAUCCACAGGUUAAGGAGUGACAGGAAUUAAAUAAGCGUGCUCUCAGGAUGUAUGCGACACAAACGUUAGUCCUCAGGACAAAAUAGCACUGCCACAACAGAGAUGGGAUUAAAAAAAAGCCUGAAGUCUAGGCAGUGCAUGACUGUGCUGCAGAAACGUGCUCUUAGAUUUUGUUAUUCAGAGAUUUGAAGUGUGCAGUUAAUGCCUCAGAGUAAGAGUGGAGAAUGUUGGAGGACGGGGGCGCUCCAGCGUUUGUUGGCGUUCAUUUCAGACAUUCGAAAACACGUGUGCAUGUGCAUGACUACGUGCUGUUUGCCUUCAGUUAUUUCAUCUUUAAGAAUAAAAACUACAUUCGUUGUAGGAAAAUACAUGUUGUAUGUAAGUAGAAAUCUUGACACAGAUGAUUUUGAUUUAUGCACUUAGGUUUUAUUGUUUCCAUUUUAUUGGUGAGUGAAUUGAUCCACAUGUUGUGGUUGUUGCUGGACCUUCAUCACUGGUGAUUGUUGUAGAUGUUUUCAUUAUUUCUUGUGUCUGUGUGCUCAUUUCCUUGAUUUUUUUAGGCACUUGUCGAAAUAUUUUUGAUGCUCCGACUGAAAUAAAAUAAACCAGACAUUUAA